UUUUUCCUUUUUGAUAAACACAAGAAAGGUAUCUGCUAACACAUCUGGAACCCCUAUAUGAUGAUGAUGAUUCAUUCACAUACCAUAAGGUAUUAAAGGGAAACUCUCAAAUGAGUUUGACUGUUUGUCUCCAUAGACAUCUGCUCUGCAGAAAUCUCGAAAUCCAUCACUGUUCGAUCUUCCACUUCCAGUUUCAUAGAUAGUUACACACUGUCUACCAUUUGAGCCAUAACACCGACAUGCCCUUCAUCUGACUGAGAUUGGGACCAACUUCCAAAAGCUUGGAACUCACUCUUCUCUCUCUCUCUCUCUCUCUCUCUCUCUCCAAGAAGAUGAAAGUAGUUAGUAAAGGAUUACAAGAUAACUGAGAAAGACAACUCGCCAUCCACCUAAAGCCAAACCAGUUUCUUGAAGACAAAAACAUCUCACCAAACCCCAACUAAACAAAGCAAGCUCAGCACAACUACUCCAUCAAGAAGGAAAGGAUUCUCGUCGGAAAUGGGAGCAAUGAAAGGCCGAAAAAACAACAACCUUUCAAUAUUCGUGGUGGUUUUUUCGGUAUUCCUUUUUGGGGUCUUCAUGUACAAUGAAGAUGUGAAGUCUAUAGCCGAGUUUCCAUUCUCAAGGUCCAAAGCACAAGAAAUCCAAGAAGAAUCAUCAUCCACACCAAUUAUUAUCAAGACCAACCCUCUUCAAGAAACUAGCGAAAAGGACGUUGAGAAUAAGAAUAAUGUAGUUUCGGUUUCGGUUUCGGUUAAAUCAAGAACUCAAUUGGGAGCAGAAUCCCAUGUAGAAAAUUCCGGGGAAAAACAAGAAAAGGAAGAGGAACCAAAGAUCGAAUUGCCGGUUGAGGAAGAAGAUGAUGAAGACGUUGAAUUGCCACCAGAAGACUGUGAUUUGUUCACAGGGGACUGGGUUUUUGAUAACGAGACACACCCUUUGUAUAAAGAAGAUGAGUGUGAGUUUUUGACAGCGCAAGUGACUUGCUUGAGGAAUGGGAGAAAGGAUUCUUUGUACCAGAAUUGGAAGUGGCAGCCCAGAGAUUGUUCUUUGCCAAAAUUCAAAGCAAGGUUGUUGCUUGAGAAGCUUAGAAAUAAGAGGCUUAUGUUUGUUGGAGACUCAUUGAAUAGGAAUCAGUGGGAGUCCAUGGUUUGUUUGGUUCAAUCUGUUGUUCCUCCAGGCAGGAAGAGCUUGAACAAAACUGGCUCUCUUUCUGUUUUCAGAAUUGAGGAUUAUAAUGCUACGGUGGAGUUUUAUUGGGCCCCGUUUAUAGUUGAGUCAAAUUCAGAUGAUCCAAAUAUGCACAGCAUAUUGAAUCGUAUUAUCAUGCCUGAAUCAAUCAAGAAGCAUGGAAAAAAUUGGAAGAGUGUAGACUACCUCAUCUUUAACACCUACAUUUGGUGGAUGAACACUUUCAGCAUGAAAGUUCUACGAGGAUCGUUCGAUAAGGGGGACACUGAAUACGAGGAGAUCUCACGGCCAAUAGCAUACGGGAGAGUUUUGAAAACAUGGUCUAAGUGGGUGAAUCGUAAUAUAGAUCCUAAACGAACCACUGUCUUCUUUAGCAGCAUGUCUCCUCUACAUAUCAAGAGUGAGGAUUGGGACAACCCAGAUGGUAUAAAGUGUGCUAAGGAAACCACCCCAAUUCUAAACAUGUCCACCCCAUUGGAAGUAGGCACAGACCGAAGGCUUUUUGUUAUUGCAAGCAAUGUGACAAAAUCAAUGAAAGUACCUGUUCACUUCAUAAACAUCACUACUCUCUCUGAGUUACGGAAAGAUGCACAUACCUCAGUCUACACCAUCCGUCAAGGCAAAAUGCUGACACCGGAACAAAAGGCUGAUCCGGCCACCUAUGCCGAUUGUAUCCAUUGGUGUCUUCCCGGGUUGCCCGACACGUGGAAUGAGUUCCUCUACACGCGUAUCAUAGCAAAAUCUUGACAAGUGGAAGUUCACAAUUGUUACCAAUUUCAUUCGUGAUUUGUUAGUGUCACCUUUUUUUGUUCUUUCUUGGAGGGGGGUGGUAUGCUUUACCACCUCAGUUAUUUGUUUCUCUUGUAACUUCAUGUAAUUUUCCUUUGAUUUCCUCCUUUAGCUUUUCCUUAUAGUUUCUAUUCUAGGUUGAACCGCUGAAAUUUUUUGGGUUCUGCCUAUUUGAGGGAGGUGAGACUUAAGCAUGCCAAAUUUCUGUCAAGUAGGCAAAACUUGCCUAAGCCAAAAAAAGAAGAGGAGGCAGGUAUAGAUUUAUCGGAAUUGUCAAUGGAUACUUUGAAAAGAGAAUAAAAUAACCAUAAAUUGUAUGUAAAACACAAUUGCUUUUCAUUGGCAAA